AUGGCAACCUCCAACUCGACCAAUGCGACCUGCGUCUUCGAUGUCACCUUCCAUCGGGUGAUGGAUCCCAACUACAAUUGGACGCAAGCACGACAAGAGUACACAGAUGGGUGGAGCGACAACACACAUCAGUUGAGAAAACUAUUCUCGGCCCGCGUCGGGAACUCGGAGUUCGCUAUUCCUGGCUGUUUCUAUCUCGGCACUGUCGACUCUACCAAAGUCCAAGAGUGCGAGAAUGGUGGUGGCAUGGCUGUUCUGUCGUCUUACACCCACGAGAUUGUGGAUGCGGAUGUUUGGUUCUGUGCUUUGCGUAACCCAGACGUCAAAGCAGCCAGCUCCGCCCCCAAGCCUCCUACAGACGACGAGAUCCGGUCUAUGCAGAAUAACAUUACGAGCGGACCAGCCCUCACCUGUAACCUUCCCAGCCGGAAUGCCGCUCCCCACCGCCACUCGAUCUCAAGUUGGCUUCCCUUGUUGGCUGUGGGCCUCACUUCGCUCGUAGCACUGUCGUGA